UGCGUUAGUCUCAACAAGGGCAUUGCUACGGGUACCCGUAUGUGCACCGACAAAUUUUCCGAUUCCCACAAUUAUUAUAGACAUUGCAGUUUAACGCAUGAGGUUGGGUACAUUUUGGUGUACGCCAUCUGAGUUCAACUACCAUUCUUCACAAGGGGUUGGGCACGUGAUCAGCACGUGCGCGAGCCCCCUAGUUGUUGUUGUUGUUCUUCUUCUUCUUCCUGUUCCUGCAUUUUCAACUCGAUUCAUUGGACUAGUGAACAAACAACACAUCUGGGCCUUCUCAUUAUCAGUUACCAUAUACAAUAGAAUGUGAGGAAGAGAAAAAGGAGGACAAGUAACAAGUUAUUGGUUGGGGGGGGGAGGAAAUGCAAGAAACUCAGAAGAUUGUUGUUUCUAAGCCUGUGGCUUCAAGACCCUUUUCAAGCUCCAGGUACUUCUCAGAAGUACUUCCUGGCUCCACAAGUGCUUCUCCCACAACUACUCUUUCUGAUACAGCAGUUGCAAUUAGACCUAAGAGUCUGAGACCUGUAACCCAUCAGAGAGAAUCCUCAGCUGCAAUUUCAACAUCCAUGGAUGAUGCAUCAGAUUCAGGUGUCUGUAAUCAUUUGUCCGACAAGGCAUCUGUUGUUACUCUAAAAUCGGAAUCCAAAUCGGCAGCUAUCUUAUACAAACCUACGGCAAAAGCAGUGUCGAAAAACAUCGCUUCGUUCUUGGCCAAUUUGGGAAACUUUGAUGCAACCCAUCAACAAGUGGCGACAGAAAAACCGGCCCCAGUUCAAAUUUCUGAACAUAUAAAUCAAAAUCCCCACGGCAAUUCAACUGCGCAAGUGGAUAUCAGUAUGUACCAAAUCUCCGAUCCGUCGAAUUUUGUUCCGCGCAAUAUUGAACAAGAAAAUGUGCAACAACCUAGCAAUGGCGCGGAUCGAAUUUCUUAUGACGGUUAUAACUGGCGAAAGUACGGGCAAAAGCAAGUGAAAGGAAGCGAAUUUCCGCGAAGUUACUACAAAUGCACGCACCCAAACUGCCCGGUGAGAAAGAAGGUGGAGAGAUCGCUCGAUGGGCAAGUAACUGAAAUCGUGUAUACCGGUGAGCACAAUCAUCCUAAGCCGCAAUCUUCGAAGAAAUUACUGUUGGGUACUCAAAGGCAAGGCUCUAGCUCUACUGAGUGUGGAAAAGAGAGUGGCAAUACACAAUGUGGUAAUAAUCCUGUGGUUGAGGAGAAUAGUUCACAUGCUUUAAGAUUGGAGAACAAAGUUGAUGAGGGUUUUCGCGGGAUUAAGAAUUAUCAUGGGCAUGUUUAUCUCCCAAAUAGUUCUUCAAGUUCUGACGGGUUUCAUGGCGAUUUCAAAAUUGGUGAGAAUAGCAGUGAGCUUGGAGGAGCAACAGCAGGGUUUAGUAAAGAUAAACCUGAUUACAAGAGAAGGAAGAAGGAUGAUCAGUUAAGCGGAGGCAGCGCAGCAGCAGCUUUUGUCGAGCCUCAUUCUGCGGCGCAAAAUUUGGUGGAAUCCGACGUCUCAGGAGACGGCUUUCAUUGGAGAAAAUACGGGCAGAAGGUCGUAAAGGGAAAUUCGUAUCCGAGAAGCUACUACAGAUGCACCAGUCCAAAAUGCAACGUGCGAAAGUACGUCGAGAGAGCGUCGGAUGAUUCGGCCUCGUUCGUGACAACGUACGAGGGCGAGCAUAACCACGGAAUGCCGACCAAGAAGAAUGAAUCCAGUUCCCUCAGAACCUCGCUUGCUAACCCAUGAGGAUAAGAACAGAUGAAGAGAAAGAAAAAUAAAAAAGAGGUAAAAAAAAAAAACCUCUAACUUAUCCCACAUAUCUCUAACAAUAUGGGAGUUGUUAACAUACCUCAUAAAGUAUGUUUUCUAUACAAAGGAUUGUCGCCAGAGGGCAAAUAAUUUCCAUAUUUGUAGCAAAGAGAAUUUGUUACAGUAUAUUUGACAAACACUGGUUAGCUUUUUAUCAUCUAUUCCUCUUAAAUGUCACAUUAGUAAGCUAGAGAUCUUUAUGUUGAAUAUUUCUACAAGUGAAUAUUACUACAAGUGACAGAGAAACUUUGAUUUUUUUUCUUUUUUUCUUUUUUGUUGUAUGAAUAUUGCUGGUAAUAUGUAUAAUUUCUUACUGUUUCAGGAUGUUAGUAACAGCUGAGGCUGAAGCUCUGUAGACUAUUCUUUCUC